GGCAGCGCGGAGCGGAGCAGCGCGGAGCGGGGCAGCGCCGCGCAGGCCUGCCGGGGACAUGGGUGCCAUGUUCCGGAGCGAGGAGGUGGUGCUGACCCAGCUCUUCCUGCCCACCUCCGCGGCUUACACCUGCGUGAGCCAGCUGGGCGAGCUGGGCCUCGUGGAGUUCAGAGACCUCAACGCGUCAGUGAGCGCCUUCCAGAGACGCUUUGUGGUGGAUGUCCGGCGCUGCGAGGAGCUAGAGAAGACCUUCACGUUCCUGCAGGAGGAGGUGCGGCGGGCUGGAUUGGCGCUGCCCCCGCCUGAGGGGAAGCUGCCGGCUCCCCCGCCCCGCGACCUGCUGCGCAUCCAGGAGGAGACGGACCGCCUGGCGCAGGAGCUGCGGGAUGUGUGUGGCAACCAGCAGGCCCUGCGGGCCCAGCUGCACCAGCUGCAGCUCCACGCGGCCGUGCUGGGCCAGGGCCACGGCCCCCCGCUCGCGGCCACCCUGACGGACGGGCCCUCGGAGAGGACGCCCCUGCUGCAGGCCCCCGGGGGGCCACACCAGGACCUGAGGGUCAACUUUGUGGCAGGUGCUGUGGAGCCCCCCAAGGCCGCCGCCCUGGAGCGCCUGCUCUGGAGGGCCUGCCGGGGCUUCCUCAUCGCCAGCUUCCUGGAGACCGAGCAGCAGCUGGAGGACCCCACGACGGGUGAGCCCACCACGUGGAUGACCUUCCUCAUUUCCUACUGGGGCGAGCAGAUCGGGCAGAAGAUCCGCAAGAUCACUGACUGCUUCCACUGCCACGUCUUCCCGUUCCCGGAGCCGGAGGAGGCCCGCCGCGGGGUCCUGCAGCAGCUGCAGCAGCAGGCCCAGGAGCUGCGGGAGGUGCUGGGGGAGACCGAGCGCUUCCUGGGCCAGGUGCUGGGCCGGGUGCAGCGGCUGCUGCCGCCCUGGCAGGUGCAGGUCCGCAAGAUGAAGGCCGUGUACCUGGCCCUCAACCAGUGCAGCGUGAGCGCCACCCACAAGUGCCUGGUCGCCGAGGUCUGGUGCCCCACGCGCGACCUGCCCGCCCUGCAGCGGGCCCUGCAGGGCAGCUCGAGCGAGGCGGGCGUGAGCGCCGUGGCCCACUGCAUCCCCUGCCGGGACGAGCCCCCAACCCUCAUCCGCACCAACCGCUUCACCGCCAGCUUCCAGAGCAUCGUGGACGCCUAUGGCGUGGGCCGCUACCAGGAGGUCAACCCCGCGCCCUACACCAUUAUCACCUUCCCCUUCCUCUUCGCCGUCAUGUUUGGGGACGUGGGCCACGGGCUGCUCAUGUUCCUCUUCGCCCUGGCCAUGGUGCUGGCCGAGAACCGGCCGUCCGUGAAGGCCUCGCAGAACGAGAUCUGGCGGACCUUCUUCGGGGGCCGCUACCUGCUGCUGCUCAUGGGCCUGUUCUCCAUCUACACGGGCUUCGUCUACAACGAGUGCUUCAGCCGCGCCACCGCCAUCUUCCACUCGGGCUGGAGCGUGGCCGCCAUGGCCAACCGGUCCGGCUGGAGCGAUGCCUUCCUGGCCCAGCACCCGCUGCUCGCCCUGGACCCCAAUGUCACCGGCGUCUUCCUCGGACCCUACCCCUUCGGCAUCGACCCGAUCUGGAGCCUGGCCACCAACCACCUGAGCUUCCUCAACUCCUUCAAGAUGAAGAUGUCCAUCAUCCUGGGGGUCGUCCACAUGGCCUUUGGGGUGGUCCUCGGAGUCUUCAACCACGUGCACUUCGGCCAGUGGCACCGGCUGCCGCUGGAGUUCCUGCCCGAGCUGACCUUCCUGCUGGGGCUCUUCGGCUACCUCGUCUUCAUGGUGGGCUACAAGUGGCUGCGCUUCUCGGCCGCCGGCGCCGCCUCGGCCCCCAGCAUCCUCAUCCACUUCAUCAACAUGUUCCUCUUCUCACGCAGCACCUCCAACCGGCCACUCUACGCUGGGCAGGAAGUGGUGCAGCCCACACUGGUGAUCCUCGCCUUGGCCAUGGUGCCCAUCCUCCUGCUCGGCACGCCCUUGUACCUGCGCCAGCAGCACCACCGCCGCCUCCGGCAGAGGGGGCCCGCUGGCCGAGCACCGGUUGGGGACAAGGCUGGGCUUCUGGACUCACAGGAGGCCAGUGCCUCAGUGAACAGCUGGGGCUCCGAUGAGGAGAAGGUGUCCCCGCGGCCGGCCGAGGAGGCCGAGUUUGCCUUCUCCGAGGUGUUCAUGCACCAGGCCAUCCACACCAUCGAGUUCUGCCUGGGCUGCAUCUCCAACACGGCCUCCUACCUGCGCCUCUGGGCCCUGAGCCUGGCCCAUGCCCAGCUGUCCGAGGUCCUCUGGGCCAUGGUGAUGCGCGUGGGCCUGCGCCUGGGCCAUAAGAUGGGUGUGGCGGCCCUGGUGCUGGUGCCUGUCUUUGCCGCCUUCGCCGUGAUGACCGUGGCCAUCCUGCUGGUGAUGGAGGGGCUCUCGGCCUUCCUGCACGCCCUGCGGCUGCACUGGGUGGAGUUCCAGAACAAGUUCUACUCGGGCACUGGCUACAAGCUGAGUCCCUUCACCUUCACCGUGGAAGACGACUAGCACCUGGCUGUGGGCAGUGCCCACGAACCCUGCUUUUACCUCCCGAGGCUUGAGAAAAGAAAUAAAUAAAGGGAGAAGUCCGGGGCCUGCAUUCUGGCCUUGUCCAGAACCCAGUGAGCUGGGGAGGGCUGGGUGGCAGGACCAGGAGAAGCCGGGCACCCGGGAUGGCAGGGCUCUGGGCAGGGCAGCUCCCUGCCCCACUCUGAGCCUCUGGAUUUCACGCCUGGACCCGGUACCCACCCCUGAGCUCAUCUUCCACGUACUCUCCUUUCCACCCACGGCUGCUCUGAGGCUGUGAGGAAGGAGAAGCACUGGUCAGGAUCUGGGGCCUCUGAGAAGUCGGGGAGCACUCGGGAGCACGGCUGCAGUGAUCCCAGACUAGGGGCAUAGGUGGGCAGAGCCAGGACCCAGGGGAGUGAGUGCCCCUUCCUUGGGAGAGUGCAGACAGGCUGUGGAAUGUUUGGGGUGCUCUGGGUGAGGAGGGUGUGUGCCUGUCACCCACCCAGCCAAGGUUUCCAUGCCCACACCCUCGUGCUGGCCCCAGGGCCCAGAGUGCUGGGAAGCAGAGCAGACCCCUGCCCCCCCGCCAAGCAGUCCACUCCCCCCGCCGAGGGCAUCACACACCAAAGGCCACACGCCUGCAUGGAGAAGGGUAGUUGUCCGGGGUCCCCACAGGUUAGAGCCAGCCACCAGCCCGUUUCCAGGCCGCCCUAGGCCAUGCCCCUCCCAUCCCUUCCCAGGUGGCCAGUCGUGCGCCCCAAGGCCAUCCUUUGGUGGGAGUGGGACUAGACGCUGGCAUCCUGUGGUUUUCUCUGGCCUGGGUUCCCUCCCCAGCCGGGAGGCCCUGCUUCCUCCUGCCAAACUGCUGCAGAGGCUCUUCUGGCUGGAGGCCCUGGGAUAAAGGCUGCCAUGUGGCCGCCUUGCUGUGGCUCCCCUGGGGCCAGGUGCCAGGAGGAGCCUGUCCCUCGGGUCCUGGCCUGCUGCUCGGAGCCCCUGGUGCUGGUGGUGGGGACCCCAGUGGUCCAGCAGCAAUUCCCUUUGCCUGGUGGACUUGGCCGGGAGACUCCUGCAGAAACAGGUUAACGGCCUGGCUGGAAGCAGAGUGGAGGGCCCAGUAGGCUCAGCCCACAUGGGAGGGCUGCAGCUGGAAGAGGGACAGGCUUCGAUUAGAACUGAAGCCUCCCACCCAAGGGGCAGAGCUGGGCAGAGCUUGGGAGGGGCUGUGUGGACCCAUGGGGUGUGGUGAGCAAGAGACAUGAGCUGGCCCUGCUCAGGUGCUCAGCGCUGGUGUGGGAAGGCAGGCGUGGGAUCCCAGGUCCAAAGCUCGUGGGGGCCUGGCGGCACUGGCUGAAGACUGGAUGCCAUGGGAACACGAUGUACAGAGGAUGGUGGGCAGGUGCAGGAGGGGUCACCUGGCCCAAUGACUAGCCCAGGGCUGACCCCUGCACACAGGGGCCAUCUGGUCACCUCAGAGCCACCCAGGACCAGUGGGGAGGAUGGAGCUUCCAGGACCUCCCCUCAGGGGACACCCCACAUAGGAACUAAGGACAGGCUGGGCCCAGCUCACCCGAACUUGCGGCUAGCAUAGGAGGCAAACAAGCAAAGGCCCCGGGACAAGCUGAGCUGCAGGGGCCAGUGAUGGCUGGGUCAGCAGGGCCUGAGGAGGUGCCUUUUUGAGCUGACAUUGGAACCACGCAAGGAAGCCAGUCAUGUUAAGGAGCUACUAGGAAGCAUUUUAGCUGAGAGAAUGGUUUGUAACUUGGUAGAUCUAGGAAAAAGGCCCCGGGACAGUUGGGGGCAGAUGGAUGAGGCAGGGUGGGGUCUGUGGGCUCCAGGACCUGGGGGCACGGGCAGAGGUCAGGUCUGUCAUCCAAGUGGGAGGCUCCUGGAGAUCUGAGGCAGGAGCGUGAUCCAGGUUCAACAGUGAAUGUCUGUGAGGGGACAGUGAAGGUCCUCCCUCUUGCCCUGACUCCAGCCAUCUCGGUUCCUCCCCAGACACAACCACAGUCCCUAACUUCUUCUGCAUCCUUCCCAAGGCAGGGGGAGGAGUCGGGUUAUGUCUGGGGCAGUCACAGGCCGUCCUGGGGUUGGGGUGACGGCUGAGAGCCCUUUGGGGCCCAGCGUGAGGAGGGCCUGCUGAGGUCAGACCCCAGGCCCCCCAGCAUUCAGGGGUCAGGCUGCAGGAAGGGGCACCAGGGAGGAUGGAGGGAAACCAGGAGUGUGGGGUUUCAAGGAGGCCCAGCUGCAGCCCUCAUGGGCAGGCUGAGCGGAGGCGCUGGGCAGAUGGGUGCAGGGCCUCCCACGGGUGUGUGAUGGUGGUAGGAGUCCCCUGAGAUUUAGGACAUAUCCAAAGGUGACAGAUGAGGUUAGGUUAAUUUUAUUUUUUAUAUAGUACAAUCUCUCUGGUAGCAGACAUGUAUGCACCAAAAAAAAGUUCAGAGUAAAAAAAACAAAAACCUAAGAACUUAUUAACAAAGGGCAUUUAAUGUAUAUGGAUUUCACAGCUAUAUCCUAUCCACGUCUCCACAUUUCACAUAAUACAGGCUGCCGUGUCCCACGAGAACAAGCACAUCUGGGGCGGGUCAGGGAGAAGCCAAGGUCCAGUGCCCCCCACCCCCCACCCCAGCUCGGCCCCAGGGGCCAGAGGAGGCAAGAAACUUCCAGGGGGCUCUGGGCAAAUCCACGUCCUUGGGAAACCAGCCCAUGCCAUGGAAUCCCGAGCUCCAUCCAGGCUGAGUGGAGGUGGAGGAGAAAAAGGCUACAGCAAGCUAGACAAAGCGGCCUGUUCACGCCUGGGGGCAGGGGAAGGGAGCUGAGGGGUGUGCGCCCACAGGCCCCUUGCCCAGCCCCAGCCCUCUGUGGGCCCCGGCAUCACGGUGUGCCCCGAAGACGGGGCUAAUACAGCACAUUUGGUUAGGAGGAGGGCGUGGCGAAGGUUUAUAUCCAGUUAAAGGGAAACUCCUCUGCAGAACAACAGAAGUACAACAGGACAGAGGAGCUACGGCCACCGCACGUGGCUGGGGACUCUGCCUGCUGCCCCGGCCACCGGGACCCAGGGGGUGGGAGAGCAGCUUCCCGGGACGACUCAGGUUAAGGCCUUGGGGCAACUUCACAGUAUGUCUCUGCUCACCCUCUGUCCUCGAGGAGUGAGUAGUGUCUGCCACACAUCGUCACCUACGAAGAGCCUGGUCACAAUGUUCGCGGCACAUUAACUCAAUCUUUAAAAACCAACAUUAAUCCCCAAAAGGUACCCACAGUAACACUGUUUACUCCUGUUUGCCAAAUCUGAGUGAAAUUCAGCUUUGAGCCCCCGAUAUAAAAUGCCUUCACUAGAUUAAAAGGAUUUUAAGAUAUUG